GUGCUCAAAUUAUAGCCCCCUCUGACAUGAUGGAUGGCAGAGUUGGUGCUAUAAAAGCUUCACUUCAUGACGCUGGCUUAGCUAAUCGGGUCUCAGUGCUCUCCUAUGCUGUGAAGUUUGCCUCAUCUUUUUAUGGUCCAUUCAGGGAUGCUGCAAAGUCUGCCCCAGCUUUUGGUGAUCGGAAAUGUUAUCAACUGCCCCCAGGAUCAUCUGGAUUAGCAGCUAGAGCAGCAGAUCGUGAUGUGGAAGAAGGUGCGGAUAUGCUGAUGGUAAAACCUGGCUUAGCCUAUCUUGAUGUUGUGCGUCAAACUAAGGAUAGAUAUCCUCAUUAUCCACUGUUCAUCUACCAGGUGUCUGGAGAAUAUGCUAUGCUGCAUCAUGGUGCCAAAGCUGGAGCUUUCAACCUUCGUGUUACACUUACAGAAGUUCUUACCAGCAUGCGACGAGCAGGAGCGGAUGUGAUCAUCUCAUAUUUUACACCGGCCAUACUGGAAUGGAUCAAAGAGGAGAACAAAUCUUAAAUUUAUUUCUAGUGAUUGAUGAAAUUUUUAUUGGUUUAUGCCUGAACAGUACAUGUAAAAUGCUCAAGUGUUCCUUGUAUUAUAAAAUUACAGUACUGUUACACUCCUUUCAUAUAUUUUAGGAUUUUUUCUGGAUAAAUUAACACUGGUAAUGCUAAAACAAGGAAAGCUGGAGGUAUACUUCAUUAAAUGGUUCAGGGUUUAAAUGUUGUCAAAGUUGACUAUUCAGCAAUAAGGUGGUGGUUCAUUUUCUUUGUGUGGGGAGUUCCAUGGAUCAUUAUUAGGACUGACAACCUGUUCUUAUAGCUUCUGUAAUGCCAGUAAUAGACUCUCAGAUCAAUUUUCAUUCUGUAAAUCAUUUGUUUACACUCCAGCAUACCUAUGUUCCCUUUUUUUUGACUCUCAGAGGCCUCUAGCACCAUUUAGCUUGCUUCUCCAUCCUGGUGGACAGUGAUCAGAAUUAUUCUUGCUUGGCACAUAGAUCUUGUACAAAUAGGAUGACUUGUUCAGUGUGUUUAGCUGAUUCUACAGUGAAUUUAAUUGGGGACUUACUCUCCCAGCAUUGGCAUAAGUGCUGCUGACAUUUCAUUGUUUAAGAUGCUGCUAACUGACAUAGUUAUUCAGUAGAGGGCUAGUCAUACCCUCAUUGCUUUGCAUUAUUCUUCUAUUUCAGUCAUUCACUUCUUUUCAACUCAUGGAUGAUAGCUGUCUGACAGUAUCAGUGCCUAGUAAUAGUUCUCACUUGCUGCCACCUACCCAGCCACAAGCUGGAAUAGAGGCAGUCACCUAUGCCAAGUUCCAGCAUAUCAUGGGACAAUGUGAUUCAGGUCAAUGUUAAAUGGGAUUGUAGUUAUAGACAAAUAUGCAUUAGCCCCCCUUCAAAAUUCUAAUAUUACUUCCAGUACAGAAGUUUCAGCAGUUAUUGAUUAACAUUCACCAAACCUACCCGUUCAUGCGAUCUUCUUACACUACAAUUGAAUACCUAUGACAGUAGAGAAGUAUAUGGGUAGUUGGUAACUUGCAUUUAUCUGGCACUCAUCAUGGAGUGCAUGAAUAUUAUGAGUGCAUCAGCCUUCUCCCUCCAUUCCAGUUCACUACUCCAUCUAUUUUCUAAUGUCAUUUUCUUGGGCCAUCAAUAUGUGACCAACUGAGAUACAUACUAGACUCAUGUUUUAUUGCUAGAUCCUCUGGUGAUUUACCACCCCAGUUUUUCACCAGGGAAUCUUUAUUGUUAACUACGGUCUGAGUUCUUGACACACUUUAAUUAUCAUACAUUUAUUAAGGAUGAUUAUAUUCAUUUACUCUUUGAUGGGUUAGUAAUAUCAUAGGAUGAAAAACAAAGCUUCACAUGUGGCCUAUGGGCAUUGGACCUGGCCAGACCUAAGUCAUAAACUAGUAGCUAAACAUGACAAAUGCUUUGACAUAGCAUUUUAAUUAUGUAUAUGUUAUGGCUCAUGCUAGUGCUAAGAUAAGAAAUAACUUACGAAGAGAAUCAUUCAGUAAAUCAAUAAAUCCUGAUUUUGGUAGUUCUCAUUGGCAAAUACUGGAUAUCUGUCACAUGAGAAAAGUCACAUUAUAAGAAGUUGCAUGUGAUAUAUCUGCUAUUUAUGUUUGCAUACAUUUCUUUGCCCAGGACUUAUAUAGAUCCUCUACAUUCCACACGAAUGUAUCUAUCUAGCAGUUUAUUUAUAUAAGUAACCUAAUGUCACAUGUUGAGAAUUUAUUCUCUUAUUGCUCUGCACUUUCAGCUUCUUCCUUAAGGUCUUCUGCUGCUACCUCCAUGAUUUUGGAUUUUUGGUUGAAUUUCAUUUGCAGUAGUGGCACAUGGAACCUAAAUGCAGUUUAUAGAGUUUUGAAAUAUGAAAAAAAAAUCUUUCUGUGGGAAGGUUUCUUGAAUUAUGGUGUCCACCAAAUCCCCUUGCUUGCUGUUUUUAACCAGUCUGUUUUCCCCAGAAUAUAAGCUAAAGAUCUGCACUGUGAUAGAGCAAGAGGAAGCAUAGGUGUAUAGUAGAAAGCAGAUUGAUAACAUAUUAGGCAACAUAUGAUUGAAUAGUCUAGUACUUCUGCUAGAGAGGUUAUACCAACAGGUUAUUCUUAUUAGUGGGUCAUCAAACCCUCCGUAGACAGUAGCAUUUCAUACUUCUAAACUUUAUAUUGUAACACUGGAAAAAAUUAUUCUGAGCUUCCUGUGGUUUUGGUGACUCAUGAGCUUAUAUGGUUACCUUGCAGUGCAAUGAGGAGAAAUGCAUGAUCAUCUGGCAUGUUAGUUUGCAAGAUGGUAAAUAUCUUGUACUAUGUCACUUUCCUUUAUCAGCAUAUGAGUUAAAAUUGUUUGGAGUUAGAAGGAAAACACACUAUACAAUUUUAUUUAAAAUUAUACAUCAAUGAAUGUACAAGAUAUUUAUGUUUAUAGAUGAUAAUUGUUAUCGGGUCACCUAGGCUCGGUGGAAAAUGGCUAACAUGUAAAAAAAAAUUAUCAGUAUGUUAUAUAAAAUAAUUAGGGAUUGAGAUUGAUUUCUGGUAAGGCUGUUGUUGACUUGAGAGAGUGAGAGAUUGUAUGUGCUCAGAAUGAAUGUUGUGUGAAGAUAUUUUUAAUAUAAUAAACAGAUCAAGUGACAAUUUAGCUGACUGUGAUAUCUAGAUAAAAAACAGCGUGUCAAAUAUACUAUCCAUGUUUCAGUUUUGUGUAAAAAAAAUUUUAUAUUUUAAAAGAUUACUUAUUUUUUUAGACAAUGAAUAUAAUGUACAGCAUAAGUGUUUUAUCAAAAAUUUAAUUUGAAAAAUACUCUAAAUAGUUUCUGGUUGUAAGAAGUCUAGUCUCAGGGUUUGUUGAUUGUCUCUUAUUGAUACUGCUUGUAUGCCAGAUACUUUCCAUUUAGACUAGUUAAAUUCAAUGACAUACAGUCAAGCUCAGUUUAAAAUAUACUGUAGAGAUAUUAUGAAUUAUUAUAAAGUUAUAAUAAAAAGGCCACUUCUA